UUAUUUUGCCAAGGAUUAUUAUUCUAAAGAAAAAGCUAAAAAUAAAACUCUGAGAACUCAAAUUUUGGAAGAACAUCAUGAUAUUCCUAUCUUUGGUCAUUUAGAAAUUGAUAAAACUUAUAAGUAUUUACAAAGAUCAUACUAUUAA